AUGGAACCACCAGAUCAACCGAUUUAUAUUGUUACUGAAUUUAUGUGUAAUGAAAUUUUAUUAGAUUAUCUUCGUCAUGGAUCCGGACAAGAACUUGAGUUACCAGCACUUGUUGAUAUAGCUGCACAGGUAAUUAUAAUGAUCAUUUGUAAAACUAAUUAAAAAAUAUUUCUUUAUGAAUUAAAUAAUUAAUUAUCUCAUUGAAUGACACGAUUGUUGACGUAUUAGUUAAAUAGUAUUUUGUUCUUUUUUUUGUUUCUUGACAUAACAAAUUCUCUAGAAAACAAAUCAUCUCGGAACAAUAAAUGUACAGAAUCACGACUUUUUGGUUUCGGUCCCGCACAUCUCUAUUUGUAACACAUCAGAAAUUCUUACAUAUUCAAUGUUUUGAGAAAGAGAAUCAUUCAAUCUAUAACAUACUAUUAAAGUUAAUAAUCUAAAAAGAAUCUAGACAAAAUAAACAUGAAUUGUUAUUGUUAGCGUUCUCGCUCACGAAGAGCGACGAACACAGUUAACGUGUGUGUGUGUGUUUUAUUCUCUCUGUUUAUUCUGUUAGAAAACAAACGUUUAUAUAAGCACGCGAAAACAAAGACAA